UUUCUGAGAGGCUCGCGGGGUGGCGAGAUGGCGGGUGCGGCGGAGACGCAGAGUCUUCUGGAUGAAAGCGUUCACCGUGGCGGCCGACCCACGCGCUCUCCACUCGGUGACCCGGAGCAUUUGUGCCACCGGAUCAUCGUCCUGGUCUUCAUGUGCUUUUUGGGAUUCGGUAGUUACUUCUGCUACGACAACCCAGCUGCCCUCCAGAAACAAGUCAUCAAGGACAUGCGGUUGAACACGUCUGGGUUCAUGCAGCUCUAUGCCUGGUAUUCCUGGCCUAACGUGUUCCUCUGCUUCGUGGGAGGAUUUCUGCUCGACAGAGUUUUUGGUAUCAGGUUGGGGACCAUAAUCUUCUCACUCUUUGUGUGUGGGGGACAGGUGAUCUUCGCUCUCGGUGCCCUGGUUGAUCGUGUCUGGUUGAUGGAGUUGGGGCGUUUUGUCUUUGGUAUUGGAGGAGAGUCUCUGGCUGUGGCUCAGAACACGUACGCAGUGAACUGGUUCAAAGGGAAGGAGCUCAACCUGGUGUUUGGGCUGCAGCUCAGCAUGGCCCGCGUGGGCAGUACGGUAAACAUGAACAUCAUGGGCUGGGUGUAUAAGCAGGUGAAGACCACACUGGGACACGCAGGACCCACCACCCUGGGAACUGCUCUCAUGAUCGCGGCAUCCACAUGUCUGCUGUCACUUCUCUGUGCUCUGGUGCUGGCCUUCCUUGACAAGCGGGCAGAGAAGAUACUUGACAAAGAGCAAGGAAAGUCUGGGGAAGUGAUUAAGCUGAGGGAUGUGAAGGACUUCCCUGUCCAGUUAUGGCUGAUCUUCUUCAUCUGUGUGGGAUAUUACGUAGCCAUAUUCCCCUUUAUUGGGCUGGGCCAGGUGUUCUUCAUCGAGAAGUUCAACUUCACGCCCACGCAGGCAAGUGCAGUCAACAGCAUUGUGUACAUCCUCUCUGCUCCUGCUUCUCCGGUGUUGGGGCUCCUGGUUGAUAAGACGGGUAAAAACAUCACAUGGGUGCUGUGCGCCGUGGUAACGACCCUGCUUGCUCACAUGAUGCUGGCUUUCACCUUCUGGAACCCCUGGAUUGCCAUGGUCAUCCUGGGCAUGUCCUAUUCGCUGCUGGCCUGCGCUCUCUGGCCAAUGGUGGCCUUUGUGGUUCCCGAGCACCAGCUGGGCACUGCCUAUGGCUUCAUGCAGUCCAUUCAGAACCUGGGAUUGGCCCUCAUCUCCAUGGCGGCAGGUGUCAUUGUGGACAGAAGAGGGUACCUCUUCCUGGAAGUGUUCUUCUGUUUCUGCGUCUGCGUGGCUCUGGUAGCUGUGGUGAUGCUGUACUUUGUGGACUUUCUUCGAGGUGGAGAGCUGAACAUCUCUGCGUCGUCCCGGGCCAAACAGCAGAAAGCCACAUCUGUGGAGUCAGAGUAACGGAUUGUCACUCCCCUGGCCCCAAGGCAGCCUGUUCAAUUGGGAGCCUAACUUGUCAAUCACAGGGGGUGUGUCUUCUUUAAUGUCUCCUCUGCUCCACCCAUUUCCUCUUUCCCAGCACCUCUUCUAUUAUGCUGACAUGUAACUCGCUGUCACGGCAACCUUGCACUGCCCUCCCAAGCCAUCACGUAUGCUCCGCCCCACAUAGUGGCUUCAGGUGAGGUGAGUGAGGGGGGAGGGACCUCACCAGGCCCACGUGCUCUGGGCAGCUGGGAUGGAAGGAGGGUGGUGUGGGGCGUCACUCACGGAAAUGAUGGCGAGCUUCUUCCUUCCUCCUGGACUUUUGCACGGUUUGGUCUCUCCAGAAGUCGGAAUCCUGCCGCAGGCUUCUCGUGUGGCUGUUCAGACCUCCGCUUGUCGCGUGAUGGUUAAAAUCAGAUUUGCUAGCUGGAGCCCUGUUUAGGCUUGAUCCUGUCUUUUUUGUAUUUAAUCUGCAAGCACUCAGGGCUGUUAUUUUUAGGUUUACUGUUAAAGGUUAUAUGUUUAAGACUUUUGACUAAGAAAAUGUGACUUUUUUUUUGAUAUUUUACUUACUGUGGAGCAUCAAUUGACUUUUACUCUGACAUGAGUUUUAAUCAAAAUGGUUAUGAGUUUAAUUAAAUAACUGCACAUCCUCUGUUU